GGCUCCGCUCCCCCCAUCUUGUCUUGAAACGAAACCCCUCAAACCCCAGAGCCCCAAAACCACCGGGAGACUCCGCGAGAUCUGAACUCCAUGGUGGCCGCCGGGGCAGCAGCGGCCGCGCCCCGGCUGAACCCGUCGCCGUCCCCGCACCGCCGCCGAGCUUCCUCCGCGCUCUCCCCGGCAAAGUCCAACGCCAACGCCAACACCAACGCCGGCGACGCGCGGCCCAAGCCCAAGGCUAAGGUCGUCUCCUCCCGCUACCUCGCGCCCUUCUCCAGGUCCACCUCCAGCUCGACCUCCACCUCCACCUCCACCACCACCACCACUUCGAGCUCCAACUCCACCUCGACAUCGUCGUCCACGCCCUCCCGCCGCUUCGCGUCGCCGCUGCCGAGGCGCUCGGUCUCCGUCGACCGCCCGCGCCCAGCCCCGGCUGGCAAUGCUGCCGUCGGGGAGACUGGGGGACCCAAAGCGGGCACCACCACCACCACGAGGAGCCUCUCCGUGGCGUUCCAGGGCCGGUCCUUCUCCUUCGAGACGAGCAAGGCGAAGCCGGCCACGUCCCCGUCUCCGUCGCGGCGACCAGUGGCUUCGGCGGCGGGGGCCAUCACGCCGGAGAGGACUCGUCCAACUAUGGGGACAGUGCCGGAGAGGGGGAAGGGUUUUGAGGGGGUCCAUGCUCACCACAGGUGGCCAAUGUCGGCGAGGCUGUCGCAGGGGUUUGAGGGGAACCCGCUUACCAAAAGCUUGGAUUGCUCUUUGCACAAGAGGGACGCUGCUGUACUUGCUGCUGUCCGGUCGCUGCGGCAGUCCAUGGUGUUUGAGGAGGGGGCACGGCGAUCCUCGUUCGACAGUGGGGACUACUUGAUGUCGUCGGACACAGAGAGUGUGUCAUCUGGGAGCAAUUCAGGGUCUCAGGAUGCAGGUAUCGGCAUUUCGCACAGAGCACGACCAUCCCCAAAGGGUAUGAGUGUGCCAGCACGGUUCUUGCAGGAUGCUGCAGUCAGCAGGUCACAAAGAUUCACAGAUCCUGGCACACCAUACUUGGCGUAUACCUCUGGGUUGGCUGCAUCUCCAAGGACAGCGCCGGUUAAGAAGUCACUGCAAAAUGGCUUUGUUUCGUCCCCACUGAACCGGUCAGUCAGGCAAUCUUCACCAAGUAAGCUUACCGGCAAUCCAUCGAGGAGGGUGUCAAGCCCAUCACGGUCGAGAAAUUGUGUGGGGUCGGGCACUUCAUCUUGGGAUCACCAGGGAAGAAACUCAUCUGGAUCUGGUUAUGCUUUGAAUGGUGAAGUGAGGAGGAGGUGGCAUGGGGGUAGUAAGGUUGACUGUGAGCAUCUGUUGAGAAUUUUAUCCAAUCGACAUUUGCAGUGGCGGUGUGUGAACGCACAGGCUGAAGCUGCACUUUCUGCACAAAAAAUGACAGCAGAGAAGUACUUAUCUGAUGCGUGGAUUACUACCCUAGGGAUGCGUAAAUCUGUUGCUCUUAAGAGGUUCCAGCUACAGUUAUACCGGAACAAUUGGAAGCUCAUGACAGUUCUAAAGGGACAGAUGGGGUAUCUAGAAGAAUGGUCUUUGUUAGAGAGGGACUAUGUGGAUUCUCUAUCUGUAACUGUGGAUGCUCUAACUGCCAGCAUUUUGUGCCUUCCUGUCACUGAUGGAGCAAAGGCUGAUAUCCAAGAUGUGAAAAAUGCUGUUGGUUCUGCUGUUGAUAUCAUGCAAACAAUAGGAAGCUCAAUAUGUUCAUUAUUAGCUAAGCUGGCUGGAACAAGUAUUUUGGUUUCUGAUCUUUCCAAAGUUGCUACCCAAGAGCGCACUCUAAUGGAGCAGUCCAGAGAAUUGCUGUCCACACUCGCAACAAUGCAUGUCAAAUACUGUAGCCUACAAGGGCAGAGAGUACAGGCAACUGACAGGAGCUCCAUGCAUCCCUAGCCAGACUACUAUAACCCCCCACUAACCGAAGAAUGUAGGUGCAACUGCAAAUUCUGGUGGCUUGGCUGGUGCCCACAGAGCAAUCCUGACUCAUCCGAAGAUGCUAUCUAGGCUAGGCUAGUUCCAGUGGUCUUGGUGGCUAUGGCCCCCCUAGUUCUGGUUGCUGAUUUGAUGUAUGCUAACCAAUGCAGAACAGAUGGCAUGCGCCAUGUGUAUAGAUGUACCUCAUUUGUUGGUUUUAGUCGAGGAUUAGGUCAGAUGCU